AUGAGCCUUCCGAGUGCUAUAAAAUCAAAUAUCGGCACAGUGCGGAAAAUUGCCGAUGGUGCAGACGAAGUUAUUCGUGGUCUACGAGCUCUUAAUUGCGAAGAGAGGGAUCCCUGGCUAAUUUUCAUUUUACUUUCAAAAUUAGAUAGCGAUACCCGCCAAGCCUGGGCUCAGUGCGCAGAAUCCGAGGAAAAAGGUGUGACCAUCAACCGAUUCCUGAAAUUUCUCACAUCACGCUGCGAUACGUUGGAGGCUUUUAACUUAAAUCGAUCAACCCAAGCUCGACGCGCAGCUACAACGCACCACGCAGACACGCAUCCAAGACGGGAAGGGCCGAAGUGCACAUCGUGCCAGCAGAAUCACCAACUGUUUAAGUGUUUUCAAUUCAUCGCACUCGACAUUGCAUCUCGCCGAGACUUCCUCAAAUCAAGAAAGCUCUGUUUCAAUUGCCUCAGCCCGGCUCAUAUGGUGGGCAACUGUACAUCGAGACAUACUUGUCGGAUCUGCCGCCGCAAGCAUCAUACUUUGGUUCAUGGCUCGUCGCAGCCAAUUCAAAAUGGCAACAACAUUGACACAGCAAGUGUUGACAGCCGCGAUCGACCAGCAGUCUCACAUGCGGGAUCUACAAUUGGCCACAAUCAACCGCUAGCUCGAGAAGGUCAUCGCUUGGGAAGCGAGACUCCCGCGGAAAACAACUUUAGGCAUCAUACUCUGGAGAAUAUUCCGGCGGCUGGUUCUCAGACUUUGUUGCCAACCAUCCUUGCUGACGUCAUCGACGCCUGGGGAAACACUACAACCUGCAGGCUGCUUCUGGACACUGGAUCUACAAUAACCUUGGCAUCGGAAUCAUUUGUUCAGCGAAUAGGCGUGCGUCGAACGCACGCACGGAUUUCUAUUCUCGGUCUCGCCGCCAACAGCGCGGGCGUUACCCGAGGACGCGCACAUAUCAAGCUGCGCUCUCGUCAUUCGGGCCAAACUGUCGAAUUGGUCUCGUUCAUUCUCAACUCGCUGACGUCAUCACUUCCUGCCCAAGUUAUUGACACCUCAUCCUCUACGUGGAGGCAAAUCUGCGAGCUUCCUUUGGCAGACCCAACGUUCUGCACACCUGGAGCAAUCGAUGUCAUUGUUGGAUCGGAUCAACUUUGGUCUCUAUACACAGGAGAUCGGAAACACUUUGGUAACGACUUUCCUAUCGCUCUCAAUACUGUAUUUGGUUGGAUUCUUGCAGGCUCUUACUCUGCAUUCGAUGGUCACCCUAAUUCUGCGAUUACUCAUCACGCGGACCUAGACACGAUGGUUCGUUCAUUCAUGGAGAUGGACAGUAUUCAGCCUAACCAGGCUCUCCUGGACGCCAGCGAUCCCACAGAGCGUCAUUUUGCUGCCACACACAAGCGCUCGACGGACGGGGUGUACGUCGUCGAGUAUCCCUUCAAGGAGAAGGCACCGCCUAUUGAUUCGACCUUGCCACAGGCCAUCAAUCGCUUCUUCUCGCGGGAACGAAAAUUUCGUCGGUAUCCAGAAUUGAAGCAGCAGUACGAAGCUUUCCUGGACGACUACCUGCAACGUGGACAUAUGGAACAACUGACCUCAGCUCAGGUUGAGGAGUCCCCAGACACCUGCUUCUAUUUGCCGCACCACGCUGUCAUCAAAUUGGACAGUCUGACUACCAAAUGUCGUGUAGUUUUUGAUGGAUCAGGAAAGGACAGCUCUGGAGUAUCGCUCAAUGACAGACUACAUAUUGGUCCACCGAUUCAACGCGAUCUUCUUGGCGUUUGUCUACGCUUCCGGCAGCACCAAUAUGUUUUAUGCGCAGAUAUCGAAAAGAUGUUUCGAGGCAUUAAAGUCUUUAAGCCACACACCAAUUUUCAGCGCAUUGUUUGGCGCAAGACUGAGAAUGAACCUCUGCUUCAUUUUCGCCUGCUGACGGUUACCUACGGAUUGGCACCGUCACCAUUUCUGGCUGUUCGAGUUCCAAAGCAACUUGCCGACGAUCAUGGCCAUGAAUACCCUGCAACAGCUCACGCUCUUCUGCACGAUGCCUAUGUGGACGAUAUCCCUACAGGCGCCAACACAUUCGAGGAGCUUAUGAUUCUCAAGGACGAGCUUAUAGCCCUCUUGGAUAAGGGAAAAUUCAAGCUACGCAAAUGGAGUUCUAAUAGUUGGCGUCUUCUGAAAUCAUUACCAGAGGAAGAUACAUAG